GGCAGCUGUGGGCGUGGCCGAGCGGGCUCGCCUCUGCUCGUGCUCCCUCCCUCCCGCCGCUCUGCCCGCGGGUCUCCCUGCUCCGCUGCGGGGUCCCGGGCUCCGGUCCCGGAAGUGGACUCGCGUCCUGCGUUCCAGGCUCCGGGACGCCGCGACUGUCGUCACGGUGGCAGCCACUACAUCUCGCCCCACGUCGGCGGCGCUAGGCGCCGUAGUGCCGACGAGCCCCGAGCCCAUGACAGGUCAAAGCCAGUCGGCGGCCGGGUCGGCGGCGUGGAGCACGGUGUUCCGCCACGUCCGGUACGAGAACCUCGUGGCUGGCGUGAGCGGCGGGGUCUUGUCCAACCUGGCGCUGCACCCGCUGGACCUCGUCAAGAUCCGCUUCGCUGUGAGCGACGGACUGGAAGUAAGGCCAAAAUAUAAAGGAAUUUUACAUUGCUUGACUACCAUUUGGAAAGUUGAUGGACUACGAGGACUUUACCAAGGAGUAGCCCCAAAUGUGUGGGGUGCAGGUUUAUCCUGGGGACUCUACUUUUUCUUUUACAACGCCAUCAAAUCAUAUAAGACAGAGGGAAGAACUGAACAGUUAGAGCCAGUAGAAUACCUCGUCUCAGCUGCAGAAGCUGGGGCCAUGACUCUCUGCAUUACAAACCCAUUAUGGGUGACGAAAACUCGCCUUAUGUUACAGUACGGUGGUGUUGUUAACCCCUCACAGAGACAGUACAAAGGAAUGUUUGAUGCACUUGUGAAAAUAUAUAAAUAUGAAGGUGUGCGUGGAUUGUACAAGGGAUUUAUCCCUGGGCUGUUUGGAACCUCACAUGGCGCCCUUCAGUUUAUGGCAUAUGAACUGCUCAAGUUGAAGUACAACAAACACAUCAGUAGAUUACCAGAAGCCCAGCUGACCACAGCAGAAUAUAUUUCUGUUGCAGCACUAUCUAAAAUAUUUGCUGUAGCAGCAACAUACCCCUAUCAAGUUGUGCGAGCCCGUCUUCAGGACCAGCAUGUGUCUUACGGCGGUGUGAUGGAUGUGAUCAUAAAGACGUGGAGGAAAGAAGGCAUCAGUGGAUUUUACAAAGGCAUUGCUCCCAAUUUGAUCAGAGUGACUCCAGCCUGCUGUAUCACCUUUGUGGUCUAUGAAAACGUCUCACAUUUUUUGUGUGACUUUAGAGAAAAGAAAGUAAGGUAAAAGAAGAUUCCAGUGUAUCUGCUUGAGGCAGCAACAGACUCCUUUGUGUUUGAAACACAAAACUCAGAAGAAUACAACAGCAUCACACCUCAAGCUCAGCAUGUCUAUAUCAGAAGUCAGAGGACUGAAAAUCUUGAUGUUUUCUGCCCUGGGCUUUUCUUAUGUGUGGAGGAGCUUGGCUGCCUCUGCCUGCAGUAGACACCAUCAGCAUAAAGUUGAAGCUGAUAGCCAGUAUGAGAAUGGACAAGGUCUUCCAUUUCAUUGCUGAACUAGAAGCUAAUUUGCAAUAUUUGUAAAUAAUUAGAUGAAUGUUUUUUUCUGAACUCUCUUGCCUGGAUUGUCUUUAAAACUGACCUAUGUGCAAUAACGAGGAGCUGGCUUCUUACAAGAAUGGCUGCAUUUCAGGGUACGUUAGACUGGGGGGCUUAGGAAUAAGAUGUUAUCCAGAUCCAGCCCAUUCUGAAUGGAGAUGUUUUUGUUAGAAAUAAAGUCCAUUAUAAAUGUGCUUUUACUUUAAUCCAAUUGGAACACACUAACUACACAAACUGGAGAAUUCAUGUAUUUAGUCUGAGAAAUAUCUACCAUCUUUUGCCGUUCCAUUUCUUAAUUAUUUAAAGUGUGAUUCUGGAUCCCAACCUUGUUUUUUGGCCAUAAACAGUAUGUGCUUGGAGUAUAUAAAGUCUGAGCUUCUGGGAUCCGGUGAAGCCUUCGUGUGGCAUGUGUGGUUACAAAUCACUCAUCAGGAAUGCCGAGUCCCAUUUCAGAGCGGGUGUGUUUGCUGUGAGCUUGUUAAAAAACUAAAGAAAUAAACAUUCCUUUUUGUCUUAAUA